AUGAACGAUAACCAAGGCAGACAGGCUAGCGAAGAAAACGAAGUAGUGCUGGCAGAAUCAAGCAAAGUAAAAUGGUCGUCUAGAAAGGAGUUUAUCAUCUCUCUUCUCGGUUAUUCCUUAGGUUUGACAGACAUAUGGAGGGUGCCAUAUCUCACGUACAGGAAUGGAGGGGGUGCAUUUUUGAUCCCCUAUAUUUUCUUCAUGCUGGUUUGUGGCAUACCACUAUAUUUCCUGGAAAUAAUGACGUCACAAUUUGCUGGAAAAGGGACAUGGCGUGUAUGGGAUUUCUGCCCUUUGUUUAGAGGGCUUGGAAUAACCUUUCUCAUCAUUAACUGGAUCGUUGGAACCUACGUUAUGAUACAAAAACCAUGGAUUAUUCAGUAUAUUGUCGCUUCGUGUUCAACUGAGCUUCCAUGGACAACAUGCGACAACGAAUGGAAUACUAACGGUUGUAUCCAGUCUAGCCACUAUGCAAGAUACUUAACUACCAACGCCAGUUCCAUCUUCAACUACAGCACAGAACCGUCGACGUAUUCUGCACACGUGACUUUGGUUACUGAUGGAGGGAAUGGUUCUAGACUUGUACAUACGUCGUCCGUGGAAGAGUUUUGGAAUUACAAGAUCCUGGAUUUAUCUUCUGGUAUUGACGACAUUGGUAGACUGAAUUGGAAAUAUAUUCUGUACCUACUGGCAUGUCACGUGAUUAUCUGGCUGGCGUUAGUGAAGAGUGUACAGUCAAUUGGUAAGAUAAUGUAUGUCACAACAAUAUCCCCGGUGGUACUGACUUUGAUCAUCUGGAUUAGAGCUCUAACACUUCCAGGAGCCACAAGUGGUAUGGUCUAUUUUAUAACUCCUGAUUUCGAACACCUCGCCAACUCAAGGGUGUGGAUAGAAGCAGCGUUCAUGGCGUUCUAUACACUGGGCCCAGCCUGGGGUGGACUAGCAAUGUUUGGCAGUCACAAUAAAUUUUCAGACAACUGCUUUCGGGACGCCACUAUCGGUACUGCUAUGACAGUGUGUUACGGGUUAUUAAAUGGCCUGGUGAUCUUCUCUGUGAUUGGUGUGCUAUCCAACGAAAGUGGAAUACCUAUUGACAACGUCAUCACUUCAGGUGGGUUCUCGUUGGGAUUCAUUGCCUUCCCACAAGCUAUCACAUACUUCCCCUUCCCUCAAGUAUGGGCCAUCCUUUUCUUCAUUGUACUUCUCCUGCCAGGCAUUGAUACUCAGGCAAUAGUAAUGGAGCCAGUCCUUUGUGUAAUUGAGGAGGUUUUCCCCAAAACCAUUGGGAAAAGAAGAAUUCCUCUUCUUACCGGAAUGACAGUGGUAACUUUUAUUUGUGGAAUCCCUCUGGCCUCACAGGCUGGCGUUUACAUAUUCCAACUGAUAGACUGGUAUACUGCCACAUGGAGUAUUUUACUCAUAGCUGUGACCGAGUCCAUCAUAUUUGCCUGGAUAUACGGCGGCGACAGGUUAAGCCGGGAUUUCUUCCUGAUGAUUGGAAGACCACUGCCGAUGUUUGUAAGAGUCUCAACGGCCUUCAUCACGCCAACUAUUCUAAUGUUUUUAGUCGUGGUCAGCAUAUUCAAGUACAAACCGCCAACGUAUGGCUCUUACCAGUACCCUGACUACGCCGAAGGAAUCGGAUGGUGUUUCGCCCUAAUACCCAUUAUCCCGAGCUUGAUUUAUAUGAUAUGGAUGAUAAAGAACCAGAACGGCUCACUGAAGGAAAGAUUUGCAUCCUUGCUGACACCAUCGGUAUAUUGGGAACCCUCAGAAGAGAAAGUAAAACAUGUCUAUAGAAAAUUGGAAGGGAGCUACAAAAGAUCAUACAAGAGGUUGGCCAAAUAUAAUUUGACAGGUCUUGGAGGAUGUGACAAGUUCUCUACAGAAUUUGGAGGCGACAACUCUGAGAUGGACACCCUUCAUGAAGACAUCCAGGUGUAA